AGCCAUCGAUGAGCUGGGUUUAAUUUACGAGUGUUCUAUACAUUUCAGUGAUAACAUCCAACACUUCAUUGUCAUAAUAUUCUUUAUCUAAAACAACUAAUUUAUUUUCUUUUAUCGGUUAAAGACACAAUUCUUACUUCUUUUCAAUCAUUCAAUACUCGUUCAAUAGUCCACUAAUACUGGAAUCAUAAACACUAAAAUUGAAUUCUGUGAACAGAAUUGAUUCGUAAAACGCAGUGUACUUACGUCCGAGAACCAAUACUAUUAAUCACAUACUUGGACUUGGCAUUUCCAAUAAAAUCACAAUGACCGAAUCGAAGACAACAAUGAACGGAUACAAUAACAAAACAUUUGAGGAUGACUAUGGAAAGGGGAUAAAUAUCGACAAUAUUCAGAUGAAAGAAACAACAAACAAUCGUCCAGACGAACAAUCCAAAUACGAAGAAUAUGAUCCGUAUAUGCAUCGAACGGUUAAACAUCCAAUAUCAAACACGGACACAAUCGUACAUUUGUUAAAAGGUUCGCUGGGUACUGGCAUUCUGGCCAUGCCAAAGGCUAUUUAUCAUGCUGGCUAUAUUACUGGCACAGUGGGAACAAUUUCGAUUGGAAUGAUCUGUAUUUACUGCGUACAAAUGCUGUUGAAAUCACAUUAUGAACUGUGCAAACGAAGAAAGAUUCCGCAGAUGGAUUAUACGACAAUCGUAGAGAAUGCUGUUCUCGAAGGUCCAAAAUCCAUUAACAGAUACGCGCCCCUUUUCAAGCAUUUAGCGAAUGCAUUUUUACUCAUGUGUCAAAUUGGUGCCUGUUGUAUCUAUGUUGUUUUCAUGGCGAAAAAUAUAAAAUCAAUCGUUGACUAUGCCACCGGCUCUGAUGAAACCGAUGUACGGUUAUAUAUGGUGCUCAUUUUGUUGCCGAUCAUUUUCCUCAACUGGAUUCGAAACUAUAAAUACUUGGCACCGUUGUCCACAUUCGCCAAUUUUGUGACCAUCAUUUCGUUUGGAAUAAUUUGCUACUUCAUUGUACGCGAACCGAUUUCUUUGGAAGGCAAACGAGCAUUUGGACCAGCCUCUGAAUUCCCAUUCUUUUUCGGAACCGUACUCUUCUCAUUGGAAGCCAUUGGAGUUGUCAUUCCGCUUGAAAAUGAGAUGAAGACACCAAAAUCGUAUGUCGGUCUGACUGGUGUAUUGAAUCGUGCGUUUGUGAUCAUUGUCAUCCUUUACAUUGGAAUGGGUCUAUUCGGUUACUUGAAAUAUGGAGACGCUGUUGGUGAAUCAAUCACAUUGAGUUUGGAAAUAAACAGCAAAGCCGACGAAAUCUUGGCACAAUCGGUUAAAGGAAUGUUAGCAUUUGGUGUCUUUAUUUCUCACGGCUUACAAUGCUAUGUCGCAAUCAAUUUGACGUGGAACAAAUACAUCGUCAGUAAAAUCACAAACGAUCGCUAUAAAUUAUUCUGGGAAUAUGUUGUGCGUACUGUCAUCUGUCUAAUAACCUUCUUGCUCGCUGUUCUCAUACCAAAAUUGGAUUUAAUCAUAUCAUUAGUCGGUGCUUUGUGUUUAUCAGCUCUUGGCCUUAUAUUCCCCGCACUGAUUGAGACGUGUGUAUUUUGGCGAAGUACAUGUGGUGCAUCACUAUCUUUAAUGGUCACAAAAAAUAUACUCAUCGUAUGCUUCGGGUUGUUCGCUCUAACUGUCGGUACGGGGACUAGUGUGUUAGCAAUUUUCGAGAGUUUGACACAAAAGACACAAGAUUAAUCGCUCGAAUGUCGUCCGAUUGUGAUUUUUUACAAUAUCAUUACGAAAAAGAAAUGUGCAUCGAAUGUUAAAGCAUAUAAAUCAGGUGCUGUCACACCGACAGCAUCCGAUACGUGUGAUAGACUGUUAUUUUAUCCAGUAUUUGUAAAUGUCGUUAUCAAUAAAGUGUAGUUGAAUCGAAAAAAAA